GUCUCGUCCGUGCGCACAGACAGCAGGGAGCAGCUGAAGCAAGAGGAGUUCUGGUGACAUUUCGCUGCAUUGCUGAAAGUGACACAUUAUCAUUUAAAACUUGAACAAUUCUAGAAUAGCAUUGUAUCAACGACAGCUAAAAUGGUAGAUCGCGAGCCACUGGUGCAGAAAGCCAGGCUGGCCGAACAGGCUGAACGAUAUGACGAUAUGGCAGCAGCCAUGAAAUCGGUGACAGAGUCGAACGAGGCCUUGUCCAACGAGGAGAGGAACCUGCUCUCUGUGGCCUAUAAGAACGUGGUGGGGGCGCGGCGCUCGUCCUGGCGCGUCAUCUCCAGCAUCGAGCAGAAGACCUCGGCGGACGGCAACGAGAAGAAGAUGGAGAUGGUGCGCGCGUACCGCGAGAAGAUCGAGAAGGAGCUGGAGACCGUGUGUCAGAACGUGCUCAACCUCCUGGACAACUUCCUGAUCAAGAACUGCAACGACACGCAGCACGAGAGCAAAGUGUUUUACCUGAAGAUGAAAGGCGACUACUACCGCUACCUGGCCGAGGUGGCCACGGACGAGAAGAGGGUUGGCGUGGUGGAGUCCUCUGAGAAGUCCUACAGCGAGGCCCAUGAGAUCAGCAAGGAGCACAUGCAGCCCACCCACCCCAUCCGCCUGGGUCUCGCCCUCAACUACUCCGUGUUUUACUACGAGAUCCAAAAUGCACCUGAGCAGGCCUGCCACCUGGCCAAGACCGCUUUCGAUGACGCCAUCGCUGAGCUAGACACCCUGAACGAGGACUCCUACAAAGACUCUACCCUCAUCAUGCAGCUGCUACGAGACAACUUGACACUGUGGACGAGCGACCAGCAAGACGACGAGGGUGGCGAGACCAAUAACUAGAGAGUCCCUAAAGAGACCUACGUGUCCUGUUUCAGCCAAUACACACAACACGCCCACGCGCUCACAAAUGACAACAAACAAAAAUGAAACAGUUCUUAGAAAUGUUAAAAUGUUGGCUGGUGGAACUUUGGUAGCCACUUUUGCCGAUGAUACAACAGCAGCUGCAGUUCUUUAUUUUUCCCGACGAAUAUAAAAAGUGAAGAAACAAUUUAAUUAAAAAGAGGAGUAGGAGGGGAGAUGAGUUUAGUUUCUAGUAUAGUUUAAAAAAUAAUAGAUAAACCCUUCCCUUCUUGAUUGCCUCUGCAACUUGUCAAAACACCACUUGAGAAUGAAGAAGGUCUGUGGUCAGUGAGUCAGUGAGUCAGUGAGUCAGUCAGUGAGUCAGUGAGUCAGUGAGUGAGUCAGUGAGUCAGUGAGUAGAGUGUGGCUGUUGCGUUAGAGACGACACCCUCACGCUGGCAUGGAGACCGGCAUGUUAUGUCGUUAGCUACAUGAAGUGGAGCUGCUUAUUUAACUUUUGUGGUAAGGGAGGAGGAACAUUCAAAAGUGUAAGGGGAGAUCGACGCUUGUGCAAAAAUAAAAUUAAUAUAUAGAAUAUUUAAAAAAUAAUCAUAAUAAU